GCUGUGUGCGAAGAGGUAGCGAUAUGAUUACCUGCAAAUUAUAAUCCUUAAACAUCCUGUUGUAGAUUCUUCACAAAUAUUUAAAUUUUAUAAAAUCUUAUCCAGUGGAUUUUCUCCUUGCUAAUUAUUAUCGAAGUAAAGAAGAUGGCUAAGUCUUCUGAAAAGAAGGGAAAAAGUGCUAUCAACGAGGUGGUGACUCGCGAAUACACAGUGAACCUUCACAAGCGUCUUCAUGGUGUUGGAUUCAAGAAACGUGCUCCAAGAGCUAUCAAGGAAAUCAGAAAGUUUGCGGAGAAGCAAAUGGGAACACCCGAUGUUAGGAUAGACACACGUCUCAACAAACAGCUGUGGUCCAAGGGUAUCAGAAAUGUUCCCUUCAGAGUUCGUGUGAGAUUAAGCAGGAGAAGAAAUGAUGACGAGGACUCGGCAAACAAGCUUUAUACCCUUGUCACAUAUAUACCUGUUGCAACUUUUAAGGGUCUUCAAACUGAAAAUGUGGAUGCCAGUCAAGAUUGAUGUACUUCUGUAUAAUAAACAAACUGUAUAAAUAUGUGA